UGAAAUUCAGAUUGAAACUCACUUUCAACGACAUCAUCAGCUCCUAAAAUAGCACCAAACAACAUGGCAAAGGCAGAAUCAUCCGCUGCAGCGGCCGGAAACAAGGCGCGGGCGACUACCACUAAUUCUAGCCCCGAUUACGAGCUCCCGUGGGUUGAGAAAUACCGGCCAAUCUACCUCGACGAUAUCGUUGGCAAUACAGAGACGAUCGAGAGGUUAAAGAUCAUUGCCAAAGAUGGCAACAUGCCGCAUCUCAUUAUAUCAGGCAUGCCAGGGAUUGGAAAAACCACCUCUAUUCUCUGUCUCGCGAGACAGAUGCUUGGGGAUGCAUACAAAGAAGCCGUCCUGGAACUGAACGCAAGUGACGAGCGUGGUAUUGAUGUUGUUCGAGGCAAGAUCAAGGGCUUUGCACAGAAGAAGGUGACUUUGCCUCCUGGAAGGCAUAAGCUCAUCAUUUUGGACGAGGGGGAUAGCAUGACCUCUGGAGCCCAACAAGCCCUCCGCCGCACCAUGGAAAUCUACUCCUCCACUACCCGUUUCGCCUUCGCCUGCAACCAAUCGAACAAGAUCAUCGAGCCCUUACAGUCCCGUUGCGCGAUCCUGCGAUAUGCCCGGCUUACCGACAUGCAGGUCGCGAAACGCAUCAAAGCGAUCGCGGAGGCGGAGAAGGUCGAAGUCUCGGACGACGGGCUAGCGGCGCUGAUAUUCUCUGCGGAAGGGGAUAUGAGACAAGCGAUCAACAACCUGCAGAGCACACAUGCCGGGUUCGGGUUCGUCAGCGGAGAUAAUGUGUUCAAGGUCGUAGAUAGCCCACAUCCGGUGAAGGUGCAGGCGAUGGUUAAGGCCUGUUAUGAGGGGAAGGUGGAGGAGGCACUAGAGAAGCUGAAGGAGUUGUGGGAUCUCGGAUACUCUUGUCACGAUAUCAUCAGCACGAUGUUCAAAGUGACGAAGUCCAUACCAAAUCUCUCCGAGCAUACGAAGCUGGAGUUCAUCAAGGAAAUCGGCUUCACCCACAUGAGGAUCCUCGAAGGAGUCCAAACCUACCUGCAACUGGCGGGAUGCAUCUCCAAGUUAUGCCGAAUCAACAUGAAGCCAAGUCUCUUCGCAGUCAAACGAGCCACAUGAUAGCGACGACGGUUUUCGUUCAUUCCAGGUAUUUUGCUUCUGUCCGUAUGCAUAGCGCCGGAGUCUAAAGGGGUUCACGCUCUCACGUCAAAUAUACAUACUCUCAUAUACGUGUGAAAGUCAUCUAACCACAACAUUUCUGGGUUCCACGAAUCCGAAAGGAAGCACAUAAAAUGAGUGCGC